AUGAGCGUUCCAAUGAUCUAUAGCUUAUUUAGCGUAGCUUGCGCUUUAUUCUUCCUACGGUGGAGGAAUCAUCCUCUUAGCCACAUCCCUACCAUUGGGACUUCCUUGCCAAUCCUUUCUUACGUCGGAGCUUUCAGGUUUAUUCAUCAUGCUCGUGAUCUCCUGCAGGAGGGAUAUGACAAGUACAGAGUGUUCAGGAUUCCCAUGAUCGACCGCUGGCUCGUCGUGGUCAGCGGCGCAGAGAUGAACGAGGAGCUGCGCAAGUUUCCAGAUGACCAGAUGUCGUUCGAGCAUGCAGUAGAAGAGAUGGUUCACACCAACUGGACGAUCCAGCCAGACAUCUCGCGCUACCCAGUGCAUGUAACCGCCAUCAAGGAGAAACUCACGCGCAAUCUAGCCGUCGUGACCCCCGCUAUAGUCAAUGAAGUUCAGCUUGCCAUGGACGAGCUGAUUCCGGCGACUGAGAAAGAAUGGCUACCAGUCACCGGGUUUCAAACUAUGAUGAAGAUCGUAGCAAGAGCAAGCAACCGCAUUUUCGUCGGUGAACCCCUAUGUCGUAACAAGGAAUACUUGGACAUUGCGGUUGGUUUCUCCAACGACGUCAUCAAAGGCACGGCGGUGCUUGCCUUCGUACCCGCGUUUCUACAGCCUAUCGUUGGGCCUCUGCUUCCUUGGCCACGGUGGGCAAAACGGCGCAUGUAUCCUAUCGUAAAGCCGAUGCUAGACGAGCGACGGAACCAACUGGAUCAGCAAGGCGAGGGCCAGGCAGACAAACCUAAUGACUGUUUGCAGUGGUCCAUGGAGGAGGCCAGGCUUCGAGGACUUGGUCACCCUGAGGAUCUUCUCGUACAAAUCAUCCUAGUUCUCAACUUCACUGCGCUUCAUACAUCGACCAUUAGCUUUACGCACGCGCUGUUUCAUUUGGCAGCAAAUCCGGUGUAUAUACAGCCUCUUCGCGAAGAGGCUGAGCGCGUCCUGCAGGCGGAGGGCGGUUGGUCGAAGGCUGCACUGGGACGCAUGACCAAGAUCGACAGCUUCCUGAAAGAGUCGCAACGAGCCAACGGUGUCGCGGGCAUUUCCAUAUUCCGCCGGGCGAUGAAGGAUGUGACGCUCUCCGAUGGCACAUACAUCCCCAAGGGCACUAUCCUGGCUGCUGCGACGACGUCCACGCACCAUGACGAGAGGAACUACGAAAAUCCUGAUGUGUUUGAUCCCUUGCGGUACUCCAGGCUGCGAGAGCGGGAGAACGAAUCAACGAAGCACCACUACGUUUCGACCUCCGCCAAGGACAUCGGCUUUGGCCAUGGUAAACACGCUUGCCCAGGACGCUUUUUCGCUGCCAACGAGUUGAAGCUCAUGAUGGCGAACCUCGUGCUGAAAUACGAUGUGAAGUUCCAGGACGAGGGUCAGAGGCCCGAGAACGAGUGGCUUUCAAUCAACGUUAUGCCUUGCCAGACUGCCCAAGUGUUAUUUAGAAGACGGGCGGCGUCCUGA